AUGAACCUCUCGCGGCCCAUCCUGCGCGCCAUCAACGCCCUGGGCUUCAGCAAGCCGACGCCCAUCCAGUCGCGCGCCAUCCCGGUGGCCCUGGCCGGCCGGGACAUCUGCGCCAGUGCCGUCACCGGUUCCGGUAAGACCGCCGCCUUCAUGAUCCCGGUGCUGGAGCGCCUGCUGUUCCGCGCGCGCGGUGUCGCCGCCUGCCGGGUCCUGGUUCUGACGCCCACCCGAGAGCUGGCCGUCCAGUGCCACAGUGUCGCCUCCAAGCUGGCCUCCUUCACCGACAUCCAGAUCUCCCUGCUGGUUGGUGGUCUGUCCACCCGUCAGCAGGAGGCCGAGCUGCGCAAGCGCCCGGACGUCCUGAUCGCCACCCCCGGUCGUCUGAUUGAUCACAUCCAGAACUCCCAGUCCUUCGAUCUGUCCUCCAUCGAGGUGCUCAUUAUCGAUGAGGCCGAUCGCAUGCUCGAGGACGGUUUCAAGGACGAGCUCAACGAGAUCAUCCGCAACUGCCCGCGCGGCCGCCAGACCAUGCUCUUCUCCGCGUCCAUGACCGACGAUGUCGAUGAGCUCAUCCGCCUGUCGCUCGUGUCCCCGGUCCCCCUGUAUGUGGAUCGCUCGAACGACCUGGCCAAGAACCUGAUCCAGGAGUUCGUGCGCGUGCGCGAUGACUCCGCCGCCGCGCGCGAGGCCCUCAUCAUCAACGCGGACCCCCGAAAUGAGGGCAAGGAACCGGGGAUCUAG